AUGAAGAUUCUAUCUGACACAUUACUGGUAGUGCUGAGUGCAGCAUUGAUGGCAGCAAGCGCUGUGGGUCAGGAUGCAAAAACCAUGACUCCAACUAUGUUCGACAACUGUGAUAUUGAGACAUACUAUGCCAGUCUUCUGCAAGAAGGUUCUCCUUCCAGCUGGACGCAAGAAGAUUUGUCUUCACUGAUCAAGGAGACACAUCGCAAUAUCCUUCCCACACACGGCGAAACCUUUGAUCAUGAUGAUCUCUACAAGGCCAUUAUCAACCUUCAUCCAGGUAAUGAAUCUGGUACGGUUCGACUGGUCUACCGAGAUAUCAAUCGAGGAUAUGAUUCCUUCUCACCAGCUUUUACCGAUGUGCAUCACAUUAAACCAGCCAAGUCAACGGUACUCAUGAGCAAGGGAGAUUUGUCCUUUGGAAUGUGUGACACGGUCGAAUUCCAGACAGAGUGUGUGGUCCCAGCCUCUACCGAAACAGCCAAUGAUACCGCACAAGAUGGCAAGAUUUGGACGCCCCCCCCAACGCUUCCGUGGAGAGAUUGUGGACUUAAGGUAUCAACAGUUGAAUUUGCAAGAUUGUGGUCCGUUCAUCAAUGGCAUGACGCCUAUCCUCCCACCGAGGAUGAAGUCUUGCGCAAUGACAAGGCAUGCUCUCGUUGGCAAGGAAAUCGCAAUCCAUUCAUUGAUUACCCUCAACUGGCACAGUCAUUGUUUGACUUUCCCACCAUGGCUCCCACCAACAUGAGAAACGAUUGUGGAUCCAUUCAAGUAGGCGAUGUUCCUGUCUUCUUGGUCAAUACCAAAGAUCCUGAUGAAGUCGUCUUCUUGCCCAUGUUUGAUAUUCCAGGUGGAAUGGAGUUGUUCGUUACCGAUCAAGCCUGGAAUGGAACUGGAUUGGUGACUGGAGUGCCAAAUGAAGGCACAAUGGUGAUGACAACACCGGAAGACGGCAUUGAGCAAGGUGAUCUCUUUGGAAUGGGACCUGGUGUCGACUACGGAGACACUUGGUCCGAUGUGGAGGGUGCAUUCAGCCUAAGUACAACCUUUGGUGACAAUGUUUUCUUGUACUGUAUUGAUGCUGACGGCAAGAUGCGUUUCUUGGCAGGAUUCUCAAAUAGCGGCAUUUGGAGCAGUCCUGGAUUGUCUGCAGAGGAGUAUGGCGAAGCAUUGACAGCCCUUCCGGAGCAGUUGGAUCAAGGCUCCAUUGUGCUGCCACACCUGGAAAACUACUUUUACAACGGAUCUCGUAAUGAAGCUACUGCCCUGCUGCGGGCAGAUAUGCUCAACCCAGCUUCAUGGGUUGGUGACAAUGAAGGUCGAUAUGGAGUGGAGUAG